CAGCUUCCGCCACCACAGAGCGAAGCAGCCGGUGAUCAUAAUACAAACAAUGGGCAAGAAGCACAAAAAGCACAAGUCCGAGAAACACGGAUAUGAAGAGUAUGGAGAGAGACCGCUGAAGCUGGUGUUGAAAGUCUCUGGGAACGAAGUGACGACGGGUAGCUCGAGUCGGGACACUUUUUAUGACGACCCGGCGUCGGACUUUGAAAAACCUAAAGACAAGAAGAAGAAAAAGAAGAAGGAUAAAGAAAAGAGCUUUGGCUCACCAGAGGACACCAAAGUAAAGAAAAAGAUGACAAAGAAGAAGAAAGGACAGGAAACAGAUGGAGACGAUGAACGGAGCAGAACUCCUAUACGUUCAGAGCUGGAUAAACUGGAAGAAGAAAAGGAACAAACUCCUCUUCAGGAAGCUUUGAACCAGCUCAUCAGGCAGCUCCAAAGGAAAGAUCCCAGUGCAUUCUUCUCGUUUCCGGUGACGGACCUCGUCGCUCCUGGCUACUCUGUAAUUAUCAAACGGCCGAUGGACUUCAGUACAAUAAAGGAAAAAGUAAAGAAGGAGUACUAUCAGUCGUUGGAUGAAAUCAAGGUAUCUGUCUUUAUUGCACACUGUUGUAUCAUUGCAUGCUAAUUAUACACACACACACACACACACACACACA